ACCCACCCCCCGCUGCCGGACCACGAUCUGCAACAUUCACGACGAAAAGGGGUUCUUUGCCGGGAGCCGAGAACUGAUCACCUGAAGGAUGGGGAGGACGAUCUCGGGAUCCGCAUUCUCCCUUUCCAAGGCAAGUUGGAUGGAUGUCGCAUGUCAUCAAGCUGCUCCAAAUCGAUCACUCGGUCCCAUGCCGGGAAGGCCUUUGAAUAAACAAGUCCUGUUCGUGGGCCAACCCCUCUGGCGACGGUACAUAUACUCGACCCGCGACCCGUCAUCAUGACCUUGAUCAACAUCCGUCACGAAGUCCCGUCGUAUGACUUCUGUAUCUUCGUCAUCACGACUACUCGAUACUCGUCCCGCCUCAAAUCUUUCUGGACGGCUCUCUUCAUCAGUCUGAAUUGCCAACAUGUCAACAACAGCGGACAAAGCCUUCUACUCGGCUGCGGAACUUCGAACUCUGGCUAGGGAGAACUAUGUGGGAAUCUACGUGGGCACGCUGUCUGCUUUGGUGUUUCAGGGAUACGUCAUGUCUUUGAUGUUUUCCUACAUCCAACACCGAACCUCGCUGCUGGAGAAACUCCUCCUCCUCUUCUGCUUCACCCUCGGCCUCUUCCUGAGCUGUGUCGACAUGUACCAGGUCUUCCAGAUCGGGGUCAAGCAUUUCACGGAUACGAAAUACGUCUUUCAGAUCAAGUGGACCGAGGGCGUCAACGCGAUCGUCACGGGUGGGAUUCAUGCGGUCGUUCAAGGGUUCUUUGGGGUCAGGUUGGUCAAGUUAAUGGAGUUGAGGUGGUGGUACGGCCUCCCGUUCUUCAUGUUCAUCGCCGCCGGACUCGCUUCGUCCACCGGUACGGGGGUCCGACUCUUACUUCAAGACAGACAAGACCUCCAGGUAUUCCGGGACAACCUCAAACCUUGGAUCUACUCUCGAUACGCUACGGGCACGUCCAUCGAUCUAUUCUUGACGAUCGCUACCGCUGUAGUUCUGUGGAAGAACGCCAAGGGAGUGAUGACUCGAACGGUCACCGCAUGGGAACAGCUCGCCUUCUAUACGGUGCACGCUAUGGUCUUCCCGACAUCGGCUUGCAUCUUGUCGUUGAUCCUGAGGGGUGCCCUUCCUCGAUCCACGAUUCACGACUUCCCUAUGCACUGCUUGAGCAAGGUCUCGCUCUUGGUCUUGCUACAGAUGCUCAUGGCCCGCGACCAAACCCGACCUGACAUGCGCGAAGACCCCGAGGUCGUCAAGUCAGGCGAAGACACUUCGAAGUCCUACCCCUCAUCUGGCAGCGGUUCAUACCCCUCGGCCCACCGAAACAGCCGGAUCAACAGUUCAGAGAAACGACUCAACAACCUUCAAGAGCCUAGCGAGGACGGUGAGGACGGUCUUUACAAGACACCUUCUCGACGAACGGAUCUGGGUAGCGUCGAGGCGGGCCACUACACCCAUCCUUCCCUGCACUACGAUCACGAAGUGAUUGAUAUCGCCAAACCUAACGAGGUACACAAGUUCUGAUCGCCGGGACGAGCAGCAACGGACGAUCUUCCUGUCGACUUUUCGAUUUCUCCUCUUCUCAUCUGCUUCGGGACAACUAGACUGAGCCGUCGUAAUUCUCCUAUCAAGGUAUAUCGUUAUAUUGUAAUAGGUUUUUGUAAGCUUGUGGCCACAAAGGAUGGACAUCGGGACUCGUGAUUUGAAUCUUCGCAGAGGCG